UUUGAUGUAAUUGGUUUAUGGUAUCUUUGAGAUGUUGGGUGUGUGAAUUGACAGUCUUUUUGGUUGAAUUAUAUGAAUUGAUGGAAUUUCUGAUGUGGGUUAAUACUUGAGAAUUCUAGAAAUGAUGUUGGAUAUUGAGAAACGAGUAUUUGGUUAUUGGAGUGUGAUUAUUUGGAUUUUGUUAGUUGUUGAAUUUUGUGAUACUUUGAGGAUUGCUGUUUUAAUGAAUUAAGGGGGUCAGGGAUUAGUGUAUUUUCAUUAGGUGUGUAUAUUUUUGUUUUCAUUUGGUUUUGGAUGGAGUACUGUAUGAUUGAUGCUGAUGGAUUGGGAAACAGCUCGGACAUUGAAGUCGAUGACAUAAGGUGUGACAAUAUAGCAGAAAAGGAUGUCAGUGAUGAAGAGAUUGAUCCUGAGGAAUUGGAGAGGCGAAUGUGGAAGGAUCGUGUCAAGCUCAAGAGGCUUAAGGAAAGGCAGAAAAUUGCUGCACAACAAGCUGCAGAGAAGCACAAGAACAAGCAAACCACUGAUCAAGCUCGGCGGAAAAAGAUGUCAAGAGCUCAGGAUGGGAUUUUGAAGUACAUGUUGAAACUCAUGGAGGUCUGCAAGGCUCGAGGAUUUGUUUAUGGCAUUAUACCUGAGAAGGGUAAACCAGUGAGUGGUUCAUCUGAUAACAUAAGAGCUUGGUGGAAGGAGAAGGUGAAAUUUGAUAAGAAUGGUCCUGCUGCAAUAGCCAAGUAUGAAGCAGAAUGUCAUGCAAAAGGAGAGGGAAUCGGCAACCAAAAUGGGAACCCACAAAGUGUUCUGCAGGACUUGCAAGAUGCAACCUUGGGGUCCCUUUUGUCUUCUUUAAUGCAACAUUGUGAUCCACCUCAGCGGAAGUACCCAUUGGAGAAAGGUGUCUCACCACCCUGGUGGCCAUCAGGGAAUGACGAAUGGUGGGUGAAAAUGGGUCUGCCUAAGGGUCAGAAACCACCGUAUAAGAAGCCACAUGAUUUAAAGAAAAUGUUUAAAGUUGGUGUUCUUACUGCUGUUAUAAAGCAUAUGUCACCUGAUAUUGCAAAGAUCAGGAGAUUAGUGCGGCAGUCAAAGUGUUUACAGGAUAAGAUGACUGCAAAGGAGAGCUCAAUAUGGUUAGCUGUUUUAAGCAGAGAGGAAUCCACUAUCCGGCUACAAACUAGUGACAAUGGGUCAUCUAGCAUAAGUGAGGCACCUAUUAGAGGUCAUGGUGACAAAAAGAAACCUUCUGUUGAUAGUGACAGUGAUUAUGAUGUUGAUGAUGUUAAUGUCUCUGUUUCAUCUAGAGAUGAGAGGAGAAAUGAACCAUUGGAUGCUCGUCCUCUGAAUGAUGUUCCUCAAUCUCACCAAAGUAAGGAGCAGGGAGAUGGAAAACGUCGAAGAAGAAAACGUGCUAGGUCAAACUUUCAACAGACUCAACUGUCUCCCAGUGAGCAGCAACCUGAUGACGUGGCUAGAAACACCUUACCUGAUAUGAACAAUUCCAAUGUUCAGUUUUCUGGGUACAUUGCAAAUGAAAGCCAACCAGAGAACAAUAUGAUGGUACCGAGGAAGUCUGUGGAGAGAAACUCUGAGGGUCAAUCUGACUUACCAUUGAAAGACUCCAACCUUUCCAUGGUUCCAUCAGCUAAUGCAGUCUCUACAGAGGAAGCAUUCGUUGGCAAUGGGCCAUCAAUUUAUCCAAUGUUGGAAAAUUCUGAGGUUGUCCCAUAUGAAUCAAGGUUUCAUCUUGGAACUCAAGAUACCGUUGUGCAGCACCAGCUUCAUGAUACCCAAUUGCAGAGCAGACCUCAGUUUUCUGGGAUGAAUAAUGAACCUCCAAAUUCCAUAUUUCAUUAUGGACCUCCAAACAAUGGGUUGCAUAAUGGAUCUCGAAGUUCUGUCCUACAUCAUGAACUACAGGAUUCGGGUUUCACUCAUGGAUCUCAAUAUUCGAACUUGCAUAAACCCCCCAUAUAUCAAUAUUACACACCAUCAGCUGAAUUUGGAUCAGCUCAUGAAGAGCAGCAGUCUCGCUUGGCAUUCGGUCAGCCUCAGAUUAAGCCACAGGAUUCUGGAGUUAGAUCAGCAGUGCUUCAUGGAGAUAGAAAUGGUAUUUCCAGAGAGGACCACCAUUAUGGGAAAGACACAUUUCAGAAUGAUCACGACAGACCAGCUGAGAUGCAUUUUGUAUCUCCGAUCACUAGUGGCUCUCCAGAUUAUGCUAGACUCAGCAGUCCGUUUAACUUUGAGCUUGAUGUCCCAAGUCCAUUAGAUACUGGUGAUUUGGAACUAUUCCUUGAUGAAGAUGUGAUGACAUUCUUUGCCUCGUAGGCAGCUAUGUGGAAAAUACAACUUUUAGAAUGUACCUGAAAGCUGCGCCAACAUAUUGUGAACUAGAGUGAGUCCUCUCUCAUAAAAUGAGAUCCUGGACCAUAAGUUAUGGUACUCGCUGUCAAAAUGUAAAUUUAGUGGCAGAAAAUCUUUUUGUUUUCUUUUCUUAGCAUGUCUUUUACA